AUGUUUAUGUCACGUGUGUCCAAUUUGUUUUUUUCGGUGUGCGCAUUGGUCAAAGACCACUGGACGGCGGUCAGGUCGUGGUGGUUUGGGCAUGCACCAGGGCCAGUGUUUGAGGAAAACCCGGUUGAUCGAAAAGCUGCUUUGAGUGAGGCAAGUGUUUUGCAUGCACUGGACCAUUCGCACGUCAACAGACUUCUUGCAGUUGUUGAGGAUGAGUUCAAUACAAAUCUCAUUCUCGAAUACAUUCCAGGCAUGGAUUUGAUGGAGACACUUCUUCAAACUGGCCCAAUGGAAGAAGAACCUGCAGCAAACAUUCUCUGGCCUAUUGCCAUUCGCAGGGCGUUGUGCACAGAGAUGUGA